CCUCCCUAUGUUUUGAGGCUUGCUUUUGUGGUCUCUUUCAGGUUAAUACCCCCGAUUCACAGGAGCUCCUUUAAACUAAGAGUGCAGUGCCCGGAGAAAGACUGCAAGACUGAGACUUGAAAAAUGUCUCAUCCUUCAUGGCUACCACCAAAGAGCUCUGGGGACAACCUGGGACAUGUAACAGCCAGAAUGGAGACCACACAGGGCUUUGGAACACCCAGCAUAUCUGUGUCAACUCAACAAGCCCCUAAGAAAUUUGCACCUGUAGUUGCCCCGAAACCAAAAUACAAUCCAUAUAGAGCAGGAGGGUCUGAAAGUGGUGAUGAUUUCCCUCCACCACCACCUCCACCACCAGAAGAAACAAGUAGUCUUUCACAUUCGUCUGUUGCUGGAAGCUUUCCUCCUCCACCUGCUCCUGACGAAGCAAUGUUCAAUAUUCAGAUAAACACUGGUGGGAAAACCAUAGAGGAACGCCGCUCAAGCCUAGAUGCAGAGAUUGACUCCUUGACCAGUAUCUUGGCUGAUUUGGAAAGCAGUUCUCCAUACAAGCCACGCUCAAGUCAGGGUUCCGGAUCCACAACUGGGACAUUAACUCAUCCUUCCUCAGGAACUCCCGUAACAGGCCAUAAGCGAAUGAUUAUUCCAAACCAACCUCCACUGACUGCAACCAAGAAGUCUGCAGCCAAACCACAACCUCAGUCUACAUCCCAGCCAGCUCCUGCUGGGUCACCUGGAACCCAAAGGUCUCAGCCUGUUCCUGCCCCUUAUGCCACUGCUUCCACUCCUAACCGACCAACAUACAAUGUUAAGUCUGCUCAACCUAGCCCUCAGUACGUUCCACCUGGUCCUCAACCAGGACAGCCUUAUAAUGUUGCCCCAAAUCAGUACUACGCUCCACAAAAAUCUGCACCCCCUCGUGAACCUGAAUAUAUUCCACCUCAACCUGUACGUUAUGUAGACCCAGGCUAUGGCUAUUCCCAGGGCAACCAGAUCAAGUAUCAAGAUCCCUACUAUGCACCAGCACAGACCUACGGUGGAAGAAACAAUUCUGAGGUUGCCUAUGUCCACCAAGGUGGAUGGAAACCAGAACCUGCUUAUGCUCUAACGCCUGCUGUAGGCCAGCAACCUGCUGGAGCAUAUCCAUCUGCUAACAGUAAGAAGACUUAUAUCACUGAUCAACCAUAUGUUCCACCACCACCACCACAACCACCUCAAGCAAAGGCAGCCUACCCUACAGGCGGUCCUACCCUUCGACCUGAGGAUGAACUGGAUAGACUCACUAAGAAGAUGCUAUUUGAUAUGGAGAAUCCUCCUUCUGAAGAGUAUUUUGGUCGCUGUGCUCGAUGUGGAGAAAAUGUCGUAGGAGAGGGUACUGGAUGUACUGCCAUGGACCAAGUGUUCCACGUAGAUUGUUUCACCUGCAUAACCUGCAACAGCAAACUGCGUGGGCAUCCUUUUUAUGCCGUGGAGAAGAAGGCAUUUUGUGAGCCUUGCUACAUUCGCACUUUGGAGCAGUGCAACGUUUGCUCCAAACCAAUCAUGGAGAGGAUUCUGAGAGCUACCGGAAAGGCCUAUCACCCUCAGUGCUUUAUCUGUGUAGUGUGCUUUCGCAGCCUGGAUGGAAUCCCUUUCACCGUGGAUGCAUCAGGCCAUAUUCACUGCAUUGAGGAUUUCCACAAGAAGUUUGCUCCAAGGUGUUCUGUAUGUAGGGAACCAAUAAUGCCUGCUCCUGGCCAGGAGGAGACUGUUCGUAUUGUAGCUCUGGACCGUGAUUUCCAUGUGCAGUGUUACCGCUGUGAGGACUGUGGAAGUCUUCUGUCUGAAGGAGAAAAUCAAGGCUGCUACCCAUUGGAUGGACACAUCCUCUGCAAGUCCUGCAACUCUUCACGUAUCCAAGCUCUCACUGCCAAGUCCAGCACCGACCUGUGAAUGAAUAGCACCUCCUCUUAAAUGUCAACAACAUCCUCAACACUUUUCAUUGCUCCUAUCAAGCUAUCCAAUGUAACACACAAAUAUGGUGAUUAAACAGCAGCUUGUGAAACUUUGGUAAAACAUAUAGAAACCAGAAAUAGAUAUUCCGUUUUGAAAAAGACAGCUUUGAAGAUCUUUACAAACCAUGCCAAGUUAUACAUUUGGGAGUACCUGUAGAGCUGUAUUGCUCUGAGAUUGGCUGGCAGUGAGCAGUAAAUAACGGCUCUGCAUGCCGCAUUCUUCACAUAUCCUGUGCCUGUAUUAAGAGCACAUCCACUGUUAAAGGGAGGGAGCGUUUUUCUCCAUUAGCUCCACUGUUUCUUGCUUUCCUGUUUCUUUCUUUCUUCCUUUAGCUUUGCUUUUCUAUAUAACACAUAUUUUGGCUGGUGAUGGUGUUUUCUGUUUGUUAUUGGAUAUAUUUACAUAUUCUUCAUCAGUGGUACGUGGUAAUAAAUAUGCAACUACAGACCUGCACCUAUUCACAGCAAACAUCAGUAUGUCACAUCACUUUGAGGUUUAUUUUAUGCAAUGGACCUUGCUCUGUCAUCCAGUGAUGUACAGGGUAACACAGUGCCUUAUAAAUGACAUAGUUAACAUAUCACUAUGUGAGGUUGGGUGCCAGGCACAGUUUUAGUAUAUAUUGGAGGAAGAAAUUUGAAUGAUUGCAGCUGAUGGAGUUAAAAUAGGGUAAAAAUGUGGUGCAUUGCUGAGCCCAAUGCUGUAGAUGAUUAUUAGUAUUUAACGUUUAGCUAGAUGUUGCUACAUGGUUGUAAGGGGCUUUAAUCAUUCUCUUGAUCCCUGACCCCUUAGCCCCUUUGACUUCCUCUUAUAGCCAAGAAGGAAGUUGAGCCUGCCUUUCAGCUGUAGGUUACAGGGACAUGUUAUUCAGUCAUUCCUUCUGUCUCAUUCCAGCAGGGACUUAUGGAAUCAAUUCUGACAUACUCUUAAAAGCAGACCAUAAAUAAACAAGUGUCUGCGGCCACUUUGCCUUAUCAAACAACUGUGUUUUUUAGACUUGGGAGAUUUAUAGUUUAUUGUAAGCUUCAUGUAAGCUCCAGUAACAAUGGAUGAUGGUUAGGUGAGCUGCAUGUUUGUAUCCUUAUAAAGAGAAGUAUAAUAUAUAUACUGUAUAUUUUUUUGUAUUAGAACUUGCUUUAAAAGUUAGAUUUUUCUAUAUUAUACUUUAUCAUUCACAGGUUAGGUAGAGAAAAGUAGGGUAUGCCAAUAUAACGGUUAUGUCUUUCUAAAAAAAAAAUUAUGUGGUCAAGUGCAAAUGUACAAGUGCCCAUAUAAAG